AUGUCGGCCGCGGAAGAGCAAAGGCCCAACGGGCAUCCACACUCUGACGGCCCGUCUGAUGGGCCCGGCAUCUCUAAUGCGACCGCACCUCUUGAGCAGAGCAGUGAGCCUCGCGUGUCGGCUCAGGCUCCUGAGCAACAGCCGGACGGUCAUGCUCCGAACGGCUAUGCGCCGAAUGGCUCAGCAACCGACAGCCCGACGACGAACGGCCAUCUACCGAAUGGCACUUCGGACGCGACAGACGCCAACGGCCAUGCGGCAAAUGGCACCGCAUUGGACGGCACGUCUCUGGAAGCAGCCGGACCGUCUGCAAUAGCUACUGAGGGCAAUGACCCGUCAGCAAACGGUGGGCCCUCAACUCAAGGGGACGGGUUGCCGCGACAGAAGGAGGGGGCUCUCGAGGACAGAAUCGAGAGUAAGCAGAAUCCCAAUGCUGACGGUCAUAAGACCCCCCACGAGAAGCCGCAUCAUCGCUCCAGCAAUCUUAAGGAACUCUAUGCCGAGAGCAAAGAGAAGGUCAAGGACAAGACCCAACCUUCUGGCGGCUUCGACAAGACCCCCCUCCCAGAUGCGCCUCCCGGGUACACCGUGCGAUUCAUCUUCCACAAAGCCUCGAACCUGCCUGCUGCAGACCUGGGCACUAGAUCGUCGGACCCCUACAUCCACGUCACACUCAAGGCAGCUGUCCCCAAGCGCCACAAAGAGGACCCAGACCUGACGCAUCGCACAAAGACGGAGAGAACGACGACCGAGCCCGUGUGGAACGACGAGUGGGUUGUCGCUAACAUUCCUUCCGAUGGUUUCAUCAUCAAGUGCCGGCUCUACGAUGAAGAUUACCCCGACCACGAUGACCGUCUCGGCAAUGUCACUGUCCGCGUCCCGUAUGUGGGAUUGGACUGGAAGGGCUACCCGCAGCCUGGCCAAGAGUUCAUCGCGAAGAAGCGCAUGGGUAGCAAGCGCGCGUACUUCUUCAAGGCCAUCACCAGCCACUUUGACCCUAACGUAGACAUGUCGCCGAGGCUAUGGAUUAGCAUGGAAGUCUUGGGAAAGUCGAAUCCUCCUCACGCGCAGAUGUACACCGUGGGCCCCACGAGCUACUUCAAGCACUUCAGUCCCAUGAUCGGACGCCUCACCGGUGUCAAGGUCAACAGGGAUGAGAACGAGGAUGCUCGGUCCGAUCAACUCUUCGAUGAGGACGAAAACAAGGGCAAAAAGAAGACGACCAAAUACGACUUCCAAUCGAAUGAGAUGCAGCUCUCAGGUCCAGUGCCACCUGAGCUCUACCACCGUUAUGUUGAGUUCAGGCCCAUGAUCGGCCUCAUGUUCGCGAAGAGUGGCUUGCGAGGCAGGAUCCUCAACAAGGCCUUGCACAAGCAACACAACCGUGUCUACAACUUCGACAGCUCGACCGAGUACGGCGUCUUCAAAGCACGAUCCAAGGAGGCAGCUCUCCAGUUCCUCAAGAUGGUCCACUUCGACGAAGGAGGCCGCAUCUUCACAUACGUUUUGACCCUCGACGGCAUGUUCCGCUUCACGGAAACCGGAAAGGAAUUCAGCAUCGACAUGCUUAGCAAGCACACCAUGCACAGCGACGUUGAAACCUACAUCGCCUGCUCAGGCGAGUUCUUCGUCCGCCGGCUCGAAAAGCCGGAUGCCUCGGAGGACCCCGAGCCUAAAGAGAAGACACACCCCUCAGACGAGCUGCCCGGCGGCCCUCCGAAUGGCCACCCCCCGCACAACCCCGCUCACUACCAGCUCACCAUCGACAACGACUCCGGCACCUACCGACCCGACAAGUCCAUCCUCCCGAAGCUCAAGGAGUUCCUCGAGGCCAACUUCCCUGGCAUGGGCAUCGUCGUGAUGCAUUGCGAGGACGAGAAGCUGCAGAAGAUGAAGAAGGAGCAGGUCGAGAUCAAGAAGAAGGAGGGCAGAAUGGUGAACAUGGUGCUCAACCGCAGCCCCAGCUCCAGCUCUCUCAGCUCGGGCGAGAGCGAGUUGGAUUCAAUGGAGGGUGCGGGGGAGCAUGGGCACAAGAGCACCACGCAAAAGGCUCUGGACGCCAUCGAAGACCCCAAGAGUAUCAAGAAGCUUUUCGGGCACGGGCACGAAGGAGGCGAGAGUUCUGCUGCGCCACCUCCUCCUGUGGCAGCGGCACCUCCCGCCCAGACGCAAGCGGCCGUGGCAGCGGCAAAAUAA